UAGUUGUAUUACUUCUUACUAAAUAGUAAAACAGAGAAAACACAAAAUUAUUAUGGCCGAUAAACCAAAACGUCCCCUCUCCGCCUACAUGCUGUGGCUGAAUAGUGCCCGCGAAGGCAUUAAGCGCGAGAGUCCCGGCAUCAAGGUCACCGAGGUAGCCAAGCGCGGUGGAGAAUUAUGGAGAGCCAUGAAGGACAAGUCGGAGUGGGAGGCCAAGGCUGCCAAGGCUAAGGAUGAUUAUGAUCGUGCCGUCAAGGACUUUGAGGCCAAUGGUGGCAAUAACUCUGCCAAUGGCAAUGCCAAGAAACGCUCGAAGCCCGCGAAAAAACCCGCCAAGAAGACCAAGAAGGACGACUCUGACGAUGAUGAUGAUGACGAGAGCGAGUAGGAUGGCUCUUUCGAGGACCGUCUUGCAUUCACCAUCAGUUAUCCAUCACCAGUCACACAACAAAACACUACAGCAUCAGUGGAUCGAAGAUUUUACCUGCUAAACGAACAACACACAUUAUGCAGUCGCUUCACCAACAUUAUAAUAGAGCAAAAACACACAAAAAUCGAUACAUCAGAAAACCAACACCAAACUGCAUCGACUGUUGCAGUUGCCGGCAUCGGCAGGUGGGAGAGCCAAUCAAUCAGAAAUAAGAAAAACUGUAUUUAUACAUAUGAAUUUAAGUUUUAGUAGUCGUUUCUUUUAUAAUGGUCUAUACACAAAGAGAGAUAGAUGAAACGAAAAGUAGGGGGAAGCACAGCACCUUAAACAUGUUUCUCCCAAGCGAUCUCUUCUGCGGCGAGGAGAAGGAACUUAUCUUGCGUAUGAAAAUUGUAAAGGAAAAACGAUCAAAUAAUUCCAUUAAAAAUAAAAAUAUGAAAACAAGUUAUACAAGUGUUCCCCCGGUGGAUGUUUUCGAUAAGAUGCAGGGCUCCAGAGAGUUAAGAUUAGAGAUCCACACUACACACACAAAGAACACGCCGCAAAUGAAACAAACGAAAUAUCGCUCAGGUCUUUUCGUCAUUUUGCAUUAAACUUUAAUAAUGUUUAAACGUCUUGUUAUGUAAAAAGAUGUGUAGUCGAAGAAGCAGAGGGUAGAGGAUGAGUUUUGUGGAGAAAGCAGAUGUAAUUGCAUUUAAUCGGUAGAUUUAAUUGAUAAUUAUACAUAUAAUUUAAUGAGAAACGAAACCAACAAAAUAAAGCAAGAAAUACAUUUUUUAAA